AUGGACCGCGACACGGGGGCGCCACGAUUCUUCGUCCCGACAGACUACUUCCCCAGGAGCGAAGGCGCCGCGACGACGCUCGAGGGCCAAGACGCACAGCACGCUCUCCGGGUCCUGCGCAUGAAGCCGGGCGCCGCGCUGGACGUGUGCGACGGGCAGGGCAACGUGGCGCGCUGCACCAUCACUUCGGUGACGCGCCGCGAAGCGCACGCGAUGGCGGCCGAGGCGCCGCGCGUGGAACAGUGGCGCGGCCCGCGGGUCUCCGUCGCCGUGGGCGUCAGCACCCUGAAGGGCGGGCGCGCCGACUGGCUCGUGGAGAAGCUCGCGGAGCUCGGGGCGUGGGAGGUCGUCCCGUUCGAGGCGGAGCGAUGCGGCAAGGUACCCAAGGGCCGCGAGGGCAGGCUCGACCGCGUGUCGCAGGCCGCGUGCCAGCAGUGUCAGCGCGCACACCUGAUGCAAGUGGCGGCCCCCGCGUCGCUGGCGGAGCUGUGCGACCGCGUCCGGGACGCCGACCUCGCGCUGGUCGCACAGGCCGGGGGCACGCCGGUGUUGUCGGCGCUGGACGAGUCGGCCGGAGCCGCUGCACGCAAAGUAGUAAUUGACCACCCGCGCACGAAACGCGUCUUGCUGGUGGUGGGGCCGGAGGGGGACUUUACAGAGGUAGAAAUCGCCUCGCUGCUGGAAGCGGGGUGCCGCAAGGUCGGCCUCGGGCCCCUGCGGCUGCGCACCGAGACGGCGGCGGUCGCGAUGCUGACGGCCGCGAGGCUCAGCGCGGAUGCCUCAGGCCGCGUGUAA